AUGUUUGUUAAGGUAAUUGUUAUCGCUGCCAUUGUGGCUUUAGCCACUGGUCAGUACAACUCUGGAUAUGGAUACAAUCAAGGAUAUGGCCGCAUCGGUUACAGAGCACCAGCUGUCGUCGUCCAACAUCAACCAGUACAAUACUCAGGGUACAAUGGCCACCAGCAAGAUUACUACGCGCCACCCCAUUAUUCGUUCGAGUACUCCGUAAAUGACCCUCACACUGGUGACAUCAAGUCCCAGCACGAGGCACGCGAAGGUGACGCGGUGCGCGGCGCUUACAGUCUUCACGAGUCCGAUGGCACUGUCAGAACUGUUGAGUACACCGCCGAUGCGCACAACGGAUUCAACGCCAUCGUUCACCGCGAGGGCCACGCUGCUCAUGCCGUUCCUGUUGCUCAACAC